CCAACUCCAAAGAAGACAAUCUGUCCUCUUCACCCAGCGCAACCAGGCUUGUGAGCCAAUCCACGACUGAUGGGUCACUUGACUCACUGAUGGACUCGUCAUCCGCUAUGCACGACCCUUGACACUUCUCUUUUAGUGUGAAUAUAUUGUAUUGAGGAACUGGGACGGCGCCUCAAUACCACAAUUCUGCUGCUCUUCCGCAACAAAUCCCUACAAUCAAUACGCAGAAGCACACAAGUCCUCCUGGUGGUGAUCUUGCACCAAUAUCCCAAAAUGGAUCAUUGGGCCGCCCACACAUCCUCACCGAGCGUCAGAAUCGACGACUCUCCAGCAGAGUCGUUGCUUUCCACGCCCGACGAGAUGUAUCCGUCUCUGUUUGGCCCUGAUUCCGCAUCCACCACCACCACCGUCAACCCCCUCGAGAUGUUGACGCCCAAGUCCUUUGUCGACGAGAAGAAGCCCGACAUCGGCAUGCUCUCCGGCCUGACCAGCCUCACCCAGACUCCGGCCGCCCCGGCUGAGUCAACACCAGAGCCGGAAAAGAAGCCGGUCAAGAAGAGGAAGUCAUGGGGCCAGGUACUUCCGGAGCCAAAAACGAACCUCCCUCCCAGGAAACGUGCCAAGACCGAGGACGAAAAAGAACAACGCCGUGUCGAGCGCGUCCUCCGCAACCGCCGUGCCGCCCAGUCGUCGCGAGAGCGGAAGCGCCUGGAAGUUGAGGCUUUGGAACGGAGGAAUAAAGACCUUGAGCGCGCCCUCCACGAAGCCACGCAAACAAACCUUGCGUUGCUCGAGGAGAUCCGAAAGUUCCAACAAACCACCGGCGUCGUAUCCAGGACGGCGUCUGCUUUUGAUGGCCUGCGUCAAUCCCCAGUCACCUUUUCCCAGACACUCUUCGGUUCUCAGGACGGUCAUCCCUCGGCACCUGGCGAAACCAGCGCGCUGGAGCAGCUCCUGCAGUCCAUCCCCUCCGCCACCAGUACCACUACCACAGUUAACCCGGCAUCACUCUCCCCCGCCCUAAGCCCCAUUCCCGAGGCCGACGAGGAGCAGAGCAAGGCCGCGACGGUCGCAGCACCUCUUGCGGACGCCGCCAUCACCACGCCCACGGCGAAUGCCUCCCCCGACGCGACACAACAUCCUGCAGCGAUGUUGUGCCAAGACCUGCAGUGUCGGUCGGCGGAAGCACAGCCUUCAGCGUGGCUCACAGCGUCGCGGCAACAACUGCCCCCGGCGCUGGCCCUGCUCCUGCACCUCCAGUUCCUUCUGGCCUCCACCUCGGCGAUGCUUUCUGCUUGCCAGAGGCCAAUGACACAGAUCGCUAUGUCCUUGAAAGCGGGCUUGUUGCUACUCCCAACUCGUCCGAUUUUGAAUACGAUCAUGUGGCUGGUGACGACACCGAAGCGUUCCAGUUCACGGCGACAAACUACGAAUUCGACUUCAACGAGUUCCUCACCGACGGCGAACCCAAUCUUGUCGCGCCCACCAACGAGCAGCAGCAGCCGCAGCAGCUCCCCAGCAGCCGCAGCGUCGCAGACUCGUCCCUCCUCGACCACCCUGAGACUCCGUUUACUUCGGAAGAUCCUUACCUGCAGCCCCAAUCUGGCGCGUCCCUUACUGGAUGCGACGAUGGAGGCAUUGCGGUUCGUGUCAUCUGAGGGAUGCGCGGUCGACCGGGUUUCGGGAGACGACGUGUCGGCGCCGUCUGCUGCUGCUGGAGGGGAUUCGCAGCGACAGUUGCCCCGUAGCGGGCCGGCAAGCUGGGGGCUGAACGGAGCCGCACUGCCGUCGAAGGAGGUCCUGCUCACUCUUGCGUGGGCCCUCAAAGUCGAAGAGCGGAGGUUGCAGAUCCGCAACCUCGUCAAGUCAUCGUCGUCGUCGAAGAAACCCGGAUCGCCAAGUGUCCCCCGGACAACACCACCAACCAUGUGCAAGACAAAUUAUGUCUUGAAAGUAUUACCCAAGCGAGCUUUGGAAGUAGAUGGUUCCGUUUCUUUGGACUGCCCUAGCCCUAGGAGGCGGCGCAUCCAAUAACAAGGAAUUGAUUUGUAUGAACAAUUGGGCUGGCAUAACUCGGGGCGAAAAGGAAAGUAAAUAUUUGGUAGCGGUUUGGUUUGGCUUUUGGCGUUGAGUUUUGGAGCGGUCAUAUCAUGAUGCUAGCUCGCGUGCCAUGUCUCGCUGAGUACCUAUCAAUUAAGUUUUCUUGAGUUUAUGAGAGUUCCUAGUUCUGUGUCGGU